AUGCCUGUGGUGUGGCCAACUCUUCUGGAUCUCAGCAGAGAUGAAUGCAAGAGGAUCCUUCGCAAACUGGAACUGGAGGCAUAUGCAGGUGUCAUCAGUGCCUUACGUGCACAGGGAGACCUUACGAAAGAGAAGAAGGAUCUUCUUGGAGAACUCUCUAAAGUGCUUAGUAUUUCCACGGAGCGACACCGCGCCGAAGUUCGGAGAGCAGUGAAUGAUGAACGGCUAACGACCAUCGCACACAACAUGUCUGGACCAAACAGCUCUUCGGAAUGGUCUAUAGAAGGUCGUCGUCUGGUGCCGCUGAUGCCCCGGCUCGUUCCGCAGACGGCUUUUACUGUCACCGCCAACGCUGUUGCCAAUGCAGCUGUUCAGCACAAUGCCUCUCUUCCAGUUCCUGCAGAAACUGGGAACAAAGAAGUGGUGGUUUGCUAUUCCUACACAAGUACCACUUCAACCCCAACAUCUACCCCUGUUCCAAGUGGCAGUGUAGCAACAGUGAAGUCCCCCAGACCUGCCAGUCCAGCCUCCAAUGUAGUCGUCUUGCCAAGUGGAAGUACUGUGUACGUCAAAAGUGUCAGCUGCUCAGACGAUGACGAAAAGCCGCGCAAAAGACGGCGAACGAAUUCUUCCAGUUCUUCUCCUGUUCUCCUGAAAGAAGUCCCGAAGGCAGUGACUCCUGUCACUAAAACUAUCACAGUGCCUGUAAGUGGCAGCCCCAAGAUGAGUAACAUCAUGCAGAGCAUUGCCAACUCCUUACCACCACACAUGUCGCCUGUGAAAAUAACCUUCACUAAGCCCUCCACGCAGACAACAAACACCACAACACAGAAGGUGAUAAUAGUAACCACCUCUCCAAGCUCCACUUUUGUACCCAACAUCCUUUCCAAGUCCCACAACUAUGCAGCAGUUACGAAACUUGUCCCAACAUCUGUCAUUGCCUCAACUACUCAAAAGCAGCCAGUGGUUAUAACAGCUUCCCAGUCCUCUUUGGUCACUACCAGCAGCAGCAGCAGUAGCAGCUGUUCCACUCCUUCCUGUACUGCCAAUACUAUUGCUGUGACUGCUGUGGUGUCAUCAACACCCUCAGUGGUUAUGUCAACAGUAGCACAAGGUGUGUCUACGUCAGCAAUUAAAGUUGCUUCUACCAGACUACCUUCCCCAAAAGGUUUGGUUGGGAAUCCAACUCAGAUCUUAGCACAGUUUCCCAAACAGCAUCAGCAGUCCCCCAAACAGCAGCUGCACCAAAUACAACAACAGCCGCAGCAGCAGCAGCAGCAACAACAGCAACAACAACAUCAACAGCAGCCACAGCAAUCUCAGUUGCCACCUGGCAUCAAGCCCACCAUUCAGAUCAAACAGGAAUCAGGUGUUAAAAUAAUCACUCAACAGGUGCAGCCCAGUAAAAUCCUUCCCAAACCAGUUACAGCGACCUUGCCCAGCAGUAGCAAUUCACCUAUUAUGGUGGUUAGCAGUAAUGGGACUAUCAUGACAACUAAACUGGUCACUACUCCCACUGGAACUCAAGCAACCUACACAAGGCCAACAGUUAGCCCCUCCAUAGGGGCUCGGAUGGCUGGAACUCCAGGGGCUGCUACUUACGUGAAAACUACAAGUGGUAGCAUCAUCACCGUAGUACCAAAAUCACUGGCAACACUAGGAGGGAAGAUUAUCAGCAGUAAUAUUGUUUCUGGAACUACAACCAAAAUCACUACAAUUCCAAUGACAUCCAAACCCAACGUGAUUGUUGUGCAAAAGACUACUGGAAAAGGAACCACAAUUCAAGGGCUUCCAGGCAAAAAUGUUGUCACAACACUGCUGAAUGCUGGGGGGGAGAAAACUAUUCAGGCAGUGCCAGCAGGAGCAAAACCUGCUAUCAUCACUGCCACAAGACCCAUCACAAAAAUGAUUGUUACACAGCCAAAAGGAAUAGGGUCCACGGUCCAGCCAGCCACCAAAAUCAUCCCAACUAAAAUUGUUUAUGGUCAGCAAGGGAAAACGCAGGUUCUCAUAAAACCAAAGCCAGUGACAUUUCAAGCAACAGUUGUGAGUGAACAAACCAGGCAGUUGGUGACAGAAACCUUACAGCAAGCAUCAAGGGUAACAGAGACAGGAAACUCCUCUCUCCCAGAAGUGAAAGAAGAACCACAAACCUACACUGAUAGUAGCUCUUCUUCUACAGAGUCCUCCCAGAGCUCCCAAGAUUCUCAGCCUGUAGUCCAUGUGAUUGCUUCAAGAAGUCAAGAUUGGUCAGAACACGAAAUUGCUGUGGACACAAGCCCUACCAUUAUUUACCAGGAUGUAUCCAGUGAAUCUCAGUCAGCUACUUCCACCAUAAAAGCUUUGCUGGAGCUUCAGCAGACAACAGUGAAGGAAAAGUUAGAAUCAAAGCCAAGACAGCCUACAAUUGACCUGAGCCAAAUGGCUGUCCCAAUCCAGAUGACCCAGGAAAAGAGACAUUCUCCAGAAAGUCCUUCAAUUGCUGUAGUAGAGUCAGAAUUAGUUGCUGAAUAUAUCACAACUGUCAGCCAUCGGUCCCAGCCCCACCAGCAAUCAUCUCAGCCCCAGAGGACUCUGCUGCAGCAUGUGGCUCAGUCGCAGACAGCAACGCAGACUUCUGUUGUGGUGAAAUCUAUCCCCGCAUCCUCCACAGGCGCAAUUACCCAUAUCAUGCAGCAGGCCUUAAGCAGUCACACCGCAUUUACCAAACACAGUGAACAACUCGGAACUGAGGAAGGAGAAGUGGAAGAGAUGGACACCUUAGAUCCUCAGACUGGCCUCUUUUACAGAUCUGCCCUGACACAAUCCCAGGCACAGAAACAGCAAAAACUGAGUCAGCCACAGCUGGAACAGACUCAACUGCAAGUGAAAACUCUGCAGUGUUUCCAGACUAAGCAGAAGCAGACAAUCCACCUGCAGGCCGAUCAAAUCCAGCACAAACUCCCACAAAUGCCCCAGCUUUCUAUAAGGCAUCAAAAGCUAACCCCCCUGCAGCAAGAGCAAGCACAGACCAAACCAGAUGCACAGCACCCCCCCCACCACAUGAUGGCCAAAGAAAGGCAACUCCCUACCUUAGUGGCACAGCCACAGCAAACUGUAGUACAGGUGCUGGCAGUAAAAACCACGCAGCAGCUGCCCAAACUGCAACAGGCACCAACGGCACAAAAAAUCUACGUGCAACCCCAACCCCCCCAGAGUCAAAUGCAGCUACCUGCCUCUUCAGAGAAACAGCCAGCAAGCCAGGUGCAGCAUCCAAUUGUAACGCAAGGAUCCACUGUUACAAAGAUAACUUUUGAGGGGCGUCAGCCUCCUUCUGUUUCAAAGGUAGCAGGUGGCAGUUCUGUGCCCAAACUGGCGUUGCCGGUUACCAGCCUAUUUCCCACGCAGGCACCCGUGAAGACAGCAGUAGCAGAUGUUUUGAGGGUGUCUGUGGUGGAAGCUCAGAUUGAUACAAACCUAGAACAGACCCUAGUGGAUCCCCCAAACAAGGCCUUGGCCACUAGUAACCUGGCUAGCGAAGCAGAGUCGUCACCUUGUAGCCAGGUGCCGAGGGUGACUGCAACUUCCAUCCCCCAGCAACAGACGCGUACAGAAUCCGGGUCAAGCCCUCCUGCUGUUGGUCCUGCUUUAACAGAGAGGAAACUCGAUGCACAAGGAAUGCCUCCAACAAACCAGUUUAUACACAUUCAGAACCUAUCGCAAAAGAAAGCUGAAGAGAGUUCAUCAGAAAUUGUUAUCCAGGCUAUCCCUCACUACUCCAUCCCUUGUCACUCCAGCUCCAAUGUGGUAGUGGAACCCAGCGGGCUCCUGGAGCUCAACAACUUCACCAGUCAGCGCCUCGACGACGAGGAGACAGCAAUGGAGCAAGACGUGGACAGUAGCACAGAGGACGGCACUGAGCCCAGCCCCUCUCGAAGUUCUGCUGAGCAAUCCUAAGGGAAUUGGGACACUUGGAGUGCACUUUAAAAAAAAAAUU